AUGUCAAAAGUGAUACGAAAUUUAUGGUUAUUAAUCGGUAAUUCAACCAGAAUUUUGUCGAGUUUUUGGGGUUUCCAACGAUGUAACUUUGCUUCUGCGGUACCCAUGAUCAAAACCGAAAGGGUCGGUGAAAAAAUGAAUGUUGGUUUAAUUAAGCUUGAUAGACCUAAAGCAUUAAAUGCAUUAUGCAAUCAGCUUAUGCAAGAGCUUUCAGAUGCACUAGUUGAAUUUGACAGUGAUACUUCAAUUGGAGCGGUGGUAAUAACAGGUGAUAAACGUGUAUUCUCAAUGGGAGCCGAUAUAAAAGAGUUAUGUGCUAUUCAAUAUGAAACGAAAUCAUCUGAAAAUAUAUUGCAAAAUUGGACUCAAAUAUCGAAGAUGAAGAAACCAAUUAUUGCUGCUGUGAACGGCCAUGCACUUGGUGGUGGUUGUGAAUUAGCUCUGAUGUGUGAUAUAAUUUAUGCUGGAGAGGAAGCUAAAUUUGGUCAACCAGAGGUUAUUAUCGGGACUAUACCAGGUGCUGGUGGUACUCAACGAUGGUUGCGUGUUACGGGUAAAUCUAUGGCAAUGGAAGUGUGUUUAACAGGAAUACCCAUAACAGCACAGGAAGCAAAAGAAUGUGGUUUAAUUUCAAGAAUAUUUCCUAUUGACCGUGUUGUAUUGGAGGCUAUCAAGACAGCCGAAAAAAUUAGUGGACAUUCACCGCUGAUAGUAUCAUUUGUAAAAGAUGCUAUUAAUAGUUCCUAUGAAACUUUCCUUCAGGAAGGCCUUCACUAUGAAAGUCGACUAUUUCAUACCACUUUUGCAACGAAUGAUCAAAAAGAAGGUAUGAAAGCAUUUUUGGAAAAUCGUAAACCAAAAUGGACAUGUUCAUGA